CAGCUGUUCGAAAUUCGGCGGCAUUUAAUUUUAUAAAGAAUUGUAAUUGUUUUUAACAAAAUCAUGGGAAAAACUAAAGGAAACGCCAAAAAAUUUGGCAUGCAUCCGCGCAAUGUAUUACGCCAGCCGCCUGACUAUACCAAAUUGGCAAUUAAAUACAAGGAUUUUCGCAAAGAGUGCGAAUUGGAACUCAAUGGCAAAGUCUCUGUGAAUUUUCGCAAUGAAAAGACCUUGCGCGAAUUGACCAAAAUGCUUUUAAAAGAAUACUACGAUUUGGAUGUGGAUUUUGCCCCUGGAAGUUUGGUGCCCACUUUGGCCCUGCGCUUGAAUUACAUCUUAUGGCUCGAGGAUCUAAUGGAACCCCUGAAAUUGCAGGACAUAAGGGGUAUAGACAUAGGUUGCGGUUCCUCGUGCAUUUAUUCCUUGCUGGGAGCCAAGAAAAAUGGCUGGCACAUGUUGGCGCUGGAAUCGAAACCCCAAAACAUAGAAUACGCCAGGGAGAAUGUGAAGAAAAACCAGUUGGAAAACCUCAUUGAAGUCUAUGCCCAACCAGAUAAAAUGAGCAUAUUCAAAAGCUACUUUCAGAAGGAUCAGCAAGAGCUGCAGUACCACUUCUGUCUGUGUAAUCCACCUUUCUUCGAUUCCAACUUGCCAAAUCCCUUCGGCGGUAAUACCAGGAAUCCCGAAAGACGUCCCGCACCGAAUAAUGCCAGAACUGGAAGCCAGGAGGAACUCACCUGCGAGGGUGGCGAGGUGCAAUUUGUGCAACGCAUCAUAGACGAGAGUCUGGAAAACAAGAUGCGCGUGCGAAUCUUCACUACAAUGUUGGGCGUCAAGGCCAAUGUGCCAAGGAUACUGGACUACCUUAAGGAGCGGCAGGUGGCGAGUGUCAGCACCACGGAAUUCCAUCAGGGACACACCACUCGCUGGGCGGUGGCCUGGAGCUUCCAUUCAGAGCCGCUAAGCCAGGAGACAGUGUGUAAUUGAGUUACACCUUAGACUUUAUGGGGUAACUUUAAGCUGGUUGCAGGUGUGUUGAAGCACAGGUUUUUGUUUUCAGUAGAAUUCGUUUAAGUUUCGCGCUUUCAUUAAGAAGCUUUCGUAAUAACU